AUGACGACUGGCAAGGACUGCUCAAAAGAAAAAAUAAAGUCAGAUAAAAGGCUAAAAACGACACGGUCUUCUGCCCUCUCAGUGGGCCAGUGGGCCAGACUCAGGGAUGUGCCAGGGGCGCAGCCGGCCAGCUCUCUCCACGCCGGCGCGCCCCCACACUCACACUCACGCACAGGCUACCGGCACUCACACUCGCCAGCUUUGGGGCCACUGCGCCACCCACCUCGCCUCCUACAGUCAUCUUCAGGUUCGAGCCAGGUCUCCGGGCUGACCGGACGGCCGCCUCUCAGGGGCCGGACUGCACGGGCCAUCCCCAAGCGUCGCCUGGCCCCUCUCUCCGCCUCCCGCCCCCCCUGCGGGCCUGAGUUUGCGGUUACCUCUCGCCCUCGGCGGCAGGAGGCUAGAGGCGCGGCCGCGGGAGGCAAGGCGCCGCGGCCCCGGACCCCGGCCGCGAGUGCAGCGCAGCGGGCGCGGGCGCAGGCGGAGGAAGGCGCGGAGGAGGAGGGGGCGCGGCGGCGGCCGGAGCAGAGCACUGGGCGCGCGGGCGGCGAGGACGCAGCAGCACCGGCGCGGGUCCGCGGGUUCCGCGGCCGGGAGGACGGCCUGGGCGGCGGCGGCAGCAGCGCAGGGGGCAGGGAGCGGGGAGGGCGGGGGGACGCGCUCCCGCGGAGGCUGCUGGCUCUUGGCUACUUGGACUCUGUCGCCGACUCCCCUCCACUUCCUCGCUCUGGACUCGGCUGGCGGGGUCGGGGCCGGGCGGCGGCCGCUGCUCGGCGGGAUUCAUUCGGCCGCCCGGAGGCGCAGGCUACGCGGCCGUGCGGGGCGCCAAGGCGCUGGAGCAAAGUGUUGGUGGCUGCGCGGGAGACGCUGGUGGCGGCUGCCCUGAGCCAACAUGACCAGGUGAGUCCCCAAGCUGCCCCGGUCCGCCCCCCUGUGCCCUUUCCUCUCGCCGCCCCGGGCUAG